AUAGUUUCUAUCUGUUUUAGAGGAAUGAGCUCUCACGCGCAUGCAAGGACAAUUUGCAGCGGAAGCGCAGUGUCAGGUGCGGUUUCUGCGUUGCAUUUCUUGAGAAGCUAUAGCCUGUUCGCGCCAACUUCAGAUCUGUGCAGAUACGAACCAUACAAUUCCAAAGAUUACAACUUUAGAAAUAUCGACAUUUUAGAAAGUUCGAAUACACCGGAUACUGCAAUCGGCCGAACACCUUCACCGUUGUCAACAACGUUUUCACUUCCAGGAUCUUUGCUUCAACCACCAUUCGUAACUACUAUGCAACCUUUAAUACAAACCAUAAGUGUGCCUCCAGCAUUUUCAAAUAGCAAUACAAGUACUAUGAUAAAUCGUCACUUUUUGGGAGCGAAUAACAUUACAAGCGUACACAGACGACCCAGAAGCGAAAAGAAACCCAUUCCAGAUGAUCAGAAGGACGAGAAAUAUUACGAGAGACGUAAACGUAAUAAUCAAGCUGCGAAAAAAUCUCGUGACGCCCGAAAAAUACGAGAAGAUAACAUUGCAUUACGCGCAACUAUUUUGGAGCAUGAAAAUGCAAUUUUGAGGGCACAAGUGAUAACGCUUCGAGAGGAAGCACAAUGUCUGCGGCACAUGUUAAUAAAACAGCAAGCACCACCACUACAAUCUAUCAAUCGUACAGUUUCUUCUAUGACACCUGUUACAUUAUCACCCCCUCAUUCUACAGCAACUUUAGAUUACCAGAUUUGAAAUAUGCCAUUAAUAAGAGGACGAUAAAGAUGUAAUUUCUCAUAAUCAAAAGAAUGACUUGGGAGGAUUACUUUGGCGAACGCAUCAUUCUCACGGAGUGAUAUUACUCGUUUAGAUCUGUUGUGUUAUGAAGGUUUAAAUUUUAUUAAUGCCAUUAGUCUUAUUUACGACUAAUCAAUGCAUGUAGUUUAAAAGCAGGUGAAAAGAUUUCACUCUUCAUAAAUUUAUCUAAAUGAGGCAAUGUAUAGCUUUAAUUUAACAAUUGUUGAGAGAAAUUUUUAAAUUUGAAUGCAAAGCAUUAACACAAAAUUAUAUUGACGACUCUUUUUAUGAAUAUCUUUCAAAGUGAAAAGACCUAAUAUUGUUUCGCCAUUUCUUUUAGUCAUUUUUAG